GGAUAAUUGCUUCUGUUUCAAAGCAGCUACGUGUGGUCGACGAAAAUGGCUUCGAUCCCAGUCCUAGAUUUGUCCUGGGCGAACGACCCAGAUCGGAAACCGAAAUUACUGGAUCAGCUUCGAGCAGCGCUUUUCGAAGUGGGUUUCCUAUAUAUCGUCAACCACGGUGUAGACUCCAAUAUCAUCGAAGCCCUCACAGAUCGACUACCAAACUUGUUUGCGUUGCCAGAUGAGCAAAAGGCCGCCUUGAGCAAACUCAAUAGUCCACAUUUCCUUGGCUACAGUGGCUUUGCAGAAGAAACCACUCUAGGGAAGCAGGGUUUGAGAGAACAAUUCGAUUUCGCCACCGAGCUGCCGGUUGUGUAUCAUGAAUUUGGAAAUACCGCAGUCACGGACGAAGCAACCGGUCAGCGCGACUUUCGGAAGCUCUACUGGCGAUUGAGAGGCCCCAACCAGUGGCCACUGGAAAACUCUGUUCCUGGUUUCAGAACCGCCUUCACGAACUAUCACGACGCAGUGCAAGAACUGUCCUACCGAUUUGUGCAUCUGGUCGAAGAGGCAGUCGGUAUUCCUAUUGGCACAUUCGACCAUUUCUUUGGACUCGCCAAUUCGCAAAGUGCCUCAACUGAAGACGAAUCACGACUGCGAAAGUUUUUGCCUCCUCAGCAUCGCAUCAAGUUAUUACGCUAUCCGCCCUCUCAGGAUGAUACUUCAGCAGGCCAAGGCGUAGGCGCUCACAAGGACUCAUCUGGAUGGCUCACCUUUCUCUAUCAAGUGGGCGAGGAGGCCGGUUUGGAAGUCAUGUCGGCCUCUGGUGACUGGCUGCCGGCAUCUCCCAUCCCUAAUAGCUUCGUGGUCAACUUUGGAAAUGCAUUUGACGCUGCAACAGAGGGCGCAGUCAAAGCCACCAUACAUCGCGUGAUCAGUCCUGGGCCCAACAGCGACGUGCGUUACUCGAUACCGUUCUUCCAAGGACUACCACUUGAUAUGACUGUCUCCGAAGUGAGGAGCUAUAUCCCAGAUGAGGUGAAGCGCCGCAGGAAAGAGUCUGGCACAUGGCAUGACGAAACCUCCAGCUUUCUCGACCCCAGAUGGGACAGCCUUGGGGAAAGUCAGUUGCGCAAAUGGAUCCGGUCUCACAGAAACGUCGCGACAAAAUGGUAUGGAAAGGAAGUCGUGGACUACUACGUAGCAGCCGAGUAGUCAUGUUGGGUAUCAUAU